AUGCGGCUGCGUCGACUGUGUGAACAAAAACCAAAAACAAAGAAGUGCCAUGUCGAUGAAAAGACCCGUGAGCAAUAUACUCGUGGAGGAGAGGACAGAGAAUGGCUUGAGAUCGCACUGGUUGAAGCAAUCCAAAAGGUUGGACCCGACAGAUCUCAGCACAAGAAAUUGAAAGCUGAGUUUAAGGCUCGGGUCAUUCUGGUGCGAGAGCGAAUGGAAACGAAAGAGCAGGAAGUGACAGGAUCUUGGAUGACUGAGGAGAAGAUGGUCAAAUCUGGGGACUACUCGCCGGAGACCAUCAAGAAGGUGAUUGCCUACUGCUCUCGUUUUCCUGCAGCGUUGGUGAGGUCCUGGAAAUACGACACCAAUGUCAAGGAGUAUUUCGUGGAGACCAGUACCAAACAAACCAUUCGCAGCUCCGAGAUGCAUAAGCAGCAAGAGAUCUGUGACGCUGGAGACCCUUUGCAGCAAGCAUUCCAAUGCCAGAGUUGGCCGCCGCUGAACCUGACAUUGGUAGGGGUCCCAACCCAAGGUGAAAGACAUGGACGCACCUCGCCGUGA